GCACAUUUACAGCUGGACCUGCAUGCAUCUGGUCACAAUUCCGUCCACAAAUAAGUAAAAAAGUGCCCGUGUGAGUAUAUGCCCUUGGUCUUUUCUUCGUUUUGCAUGGUCAACAAACUUCAAAUCAACCAAUUCCAUAGACCAACCCACUCAUCAGCAAACACGCCGCAUGGGUUGGUCGAUGGAAUUGAUUGAUUUGGAAUUUUCAUUCUCAUUGAGCUCGUUUGGUGAGCAGUGGACCGGCCCCCUGUUCGAGGAAAGCGGCAAAAGGCCCAUUAUGGCGUACUUGAAGCAGCUGCAUGAGGACUUGAAGAAGCACUUCAUUAAUGAGGGUGCCGCGGGGUCAAACCCGGGCAAGGGUUCCAAGCACUGGGUCUGCAAGUACUGCGAGACCCGGUUCGAUGGCACAGCCUCGGUUCUAAAGAACCAUUUCUUGAAUAGGUGCAGCUUGGACCGCGUCAGGAGGCCGCUGUCAGUCGAGGAGAGGGCUAGGAGGGAGGAGGGCAUCCGCAUGGGGAAGUUCAUUGCGGAGACCAUACACGCGGGGGGGAGAAGCAGGCCGGCCACAAACAGCCUGGCGUCCGUUAGCAGUCUGGUCGCUGACGCCGAGCAAGGUCGCACUGAAUCGCCUGCAGGGACGGGAGAGGCGGUUGUGGGCGAUCAACCCGCAGCGAUUCCGCCUACCUCUGGCGAGUCCGUGCAGCCUGCACCUCGUUCCAGACGGCCGUUGAGGCAGACGGUCAUGGAGGACGCCGACAGCAUCGUAACACGCAAUGAGCAAACGAGUCGGUUCCUUGACCGAUUCCUUUUCUGCACGAACCAGCCGUUCAGCAUCGUCGACAACGAAUACUUCCUUGAAUUCGUUGAUGCUGUGAAGAAGGCGCAUCCUUCAUGGAUGCCAUACAAGAGGGAUGAGGCGCGGACGAAGCGGUUGGAUGGUCAUUACGGAAGGACAAAGGUGGACGUGCACGCCAUGGUGAAGAAGUGGCAUCGCACUGGUUGCAUGCUGCAAAUGGAUGGCUGGUCAGACAGGCGCAACCGACCGUACAUUAAUGUGAUGGUGUCUUCCCCGAUCGGAAUGGUGUUCUGGAAGACCACAUGCAUGGAGGGGAAGGAGAAGGAUGUGGCGGCGUACUUCCGGAUAUUGGACGGAGUUAUCAAGGAGAUCGGCGAGGAGGCGGUGGUGGGCGUUGUGAUGGACAACGCGAGAGUGUGCGUCAAGGGCGGCAAGAUGGUGGAGGCGGCCUACCCACGCAUCUUUCGCGUGGGGUGCACUGCACAUGCCCUCAAUUUGGCACUCGAGGACAUGUACAAGGAACUGGAGUGGUUACGCAAUGUUGUGGACACAGGGUUGAAAGUGGGCAAGUUCUUCCACAACGUGGACAAGGCAAGGGCGUUGUUCCACGUGUACAGCCCGAAAUCCAAGUUGAAGCGGCCGGGGGUGACCCGUUUCGCAACCAACCACAAGAUGCUCGCCUCCUUGAAGAAGGCCAAGAACCCGUUGAAGAAUUGCGUCGACGACGCUGCGUGGGUGGAGAAGAUGGUCAGGACAGACCAGCUCGGUGCGUUCCACGAGGUGACGGCCAUUGUGUUGGGGAAGGACGACUUCUGGGCGACAGUCGACAAGGCGCUGGCGGUGAUAGGACCAGUAGUGACGCUGCUUCGUCUUGUUGAUGCGCCGGGGCCGUCCAUGUCGAAGGUGUACUUCAAGAUGGAUUCGCUCGUCGCACGGAUGCGCGAGCUUGAUUGCAUCACGGCGGGCGAGAAGGCGGAAAUAGAGGACAUCUUGAUGCGGAGAUGGGCGUUCAUGACCAGCGAGCUGCAUUGCGCCGCUGCGUUCCUCGAUCCCGAGCACCGUCACACGAAUGUCUUGCGAGAUCCUGAGGUGUGCGCCAGAUUCAACAUUUGGCUUCUCUCAUGGGCGCCGGACGACCAGCAGACACGCGACGAGCUGAGCCACCAGGUUGACAUGUGGGUUAACCUGGACGGAUCGUUCAAAUCGCAAGACGCUGCGGAAGCAGCACGUGUGCAGCCCGUGGCUCUGUGGUGGGAGGCUUACCGGGAAGUUGGGCCUGCUCCAGCCACAAGCAACAUGGAGGUGGGUGAAGAGGACGGUUCGGAGCCAUUGAUGUGGACGUGGCAGCGAAAUGAUGCCGCGGACAACGAGGAAUGCGACAAGGAGGACAUGGCUCUGUUGGGUUCGUUGGAAAGGGAAUGGCACGAGUGCACCAAACCCGGCCGACGGGAGUCAACCAAUAGGCAAAAGCGUGUGACGAAAAGAGCGCGAGCGGCAGGCGAGGCGGGAGGGGAUGAAGCUGAAGUGUGCGCGCCCCAGCCAAAGAAGAAGAGGGGUCGACCAUCGUUGGCUGAAGCUGCAACAAAGAAGGCUGAGCUGGCAGCAGCCAGGGCUGCUAAAGCAGCAGAGAAAGCAGCCGACAAGGCCCAAAAAAAAAAGAAAAAGGUUGCCUCCGUCGAUGUGAUCGAGGACGACCUGUCAGGGGACGAUGAGUCCUCGUCCAGCUCGUCUGAAGACACGAAUGAGGGAGACAGCGGAGAGGAGUCUGAUGAACACUCUUUGCUGGAGGGGGGAGCGGAGGGCGAGGACAUGGAAGAAUCCAAGGCCGGGUCCGAAAAAAGCAAUGGUGAAGAAUCCGAAGAUGAAGGGGCGAAGGUGUAGGACGGGGGCAGACUGAACGCGGGGUGUGAUGGUUUUGGAUUCUGCCCAUUGUCGGAAUUUUCUUUGCUGAACUUUGUUUCUGAGUUUUUAUGAAGUUGUUUCCUUUUCUGUGCUUUGAUAAACUUGCAAACGACUA